UACAUAUAUAUUUAUAUACACGUUUGGAAGUAAGUGUGUAUAUUGUUAAUAUAUAGAGAUAUAUAAGUGAGAUAUAUAUGAUAUACACACACGUUUUCGGAGGAUGUUUUACCUACCCUUACGGUUUAAUACAUAUCUUUAUAACCGAUGGUCCGAUUAUCAACACUUGGAAAUUUCCACUCCAAAACGCAGGAUUAGGCAAGGUUCUAUAUGGAAAACCACCAAUUGCCCCUGCAAACAAGUUGCCCCGCUCCACAACACCGAUGUUGUUCAAGGAAAAAGUUAAAUUCUUCUUCACCACGGAGCCUGGCAUGACGUAAAAAAUAAAAACACAACGGAAAUAUUUUUCAACCAAUGAAAUAAUGACUCAGUAGUCACCACCUGAUUUUUAACCAACACCAACAUCACAACGCUGUUUUCACUAUUACUUUGGCUACACUGCUACAAUUACUGCCGCCACCAUCAUCACUAUUAUUAUUAUUAUUAUUAUUAUUAUUAUCGCUCCUACUCUAAAAAACCACCGCUGGUAGAUUUCCAUUACGACAUCUUCCCGCUUUCUCUCAAUCUCCCUUUCUUUCAAUUUUAUUACGUCACGCUAACCGACUUUCGGUCAUACGCCUUCAAAGAUGACCUACACAUAUUUAUUUUGGUUGGGAAUUGUUCUGCCAACCACCAUAACGGUUUUAUUGUUUAUUUUAUUUCUAGUCUGCUGGUUCAAGUAUAAUCUACGAGAAAAAUUUACUAAAAAAAAACACGAUCCACACCGAGUCAACCAAAAUCACUCACGCUCGACCAAACCGCCAACUGGCUUGCCUCCGCCGCCACCAGUUCAGUAUAAUAGGUCACGCCCGAAUGAUCAGAGAGACGAUAGGUUACCAGCGCGCAUAAUUUACUCUACUUAUCAUGACAGUGGUAUGUCAGAACUGCAUGAAAUACAUUAUAAAUUCGACAGACCAGUUUCUCAGGCUUCUACCGAUUCUGAAGAUUCCGGCUUCCGAAGUUCGAAAUCAGCUCAUUACUUGCCGAACAGGUUGUCUGAACACAGCUUUCCGCAGGACAUUCCAUUACUAAAACCCGUUAGUGCGAACAUGCAACAUGCGCAGAGAAAUCUGGCGCUAAAUACCAGUGAUUCACCGCGAGGUGGGCCGUCAUUUUGGGCUGGGACAUCAAGUUUCGGUCAAUCUUCAUCGUCGUCAUCGUCAUCAAACAAUAACAACAACAACAAUAAUAAUAAUAAUAACAAGAACAAUAACAACAACAAUAAUAGCAAUAAACUGCCAACUUCUGUAUCGGCAUCGUCCAAUAUCGCUGCAGACGAACAGCAACAGCAGCCCCAUUCGCUAGCGCUACAAAAUGUACAUCAAGAGGAACGGAGAGGUCCGCAUUCAAACCAUCACCAUCAUCACCAUCAUCACCAUCACCACCACCACCGUUCUCUACCGCAGAGUCCAUUGGCAGACAUUUCGGAAAAUAUGCCAGUCACUCGGCCCAUUCCUUCAUCCCAAUCCACUCCUCUGCCUUAUCCACAGUGGCGGACAGACGCACGUUUGUCUCCAACGCUCCCCAGGGAGGCGAAAAGUCAACAAACAGUUAUCGCCCUUGUACAUAGUCCUAGCCAACAAUCAGAAAUGAACGGACAGCUAUCUUAUGCUAUGGUUUAACACCUGGUCACUAUAUAACACAGACACAACACACACACACGUAUACACAUAAAUAUAUACACAUAUACUGUUGUGUGUCGAUAUUUACGUUACAGGUACCCUCAUAUGUAUACAAACAGUUUUACUGUAUGUUAUACGUGUCUACAAACACUUAGCAUGUAUACACACGCAUCUGCAAGAGUUCCAGCUGUAUACAUGCAGUUACAACAGUUUCAGACGUUUACACGUGUCUCCAAGAGUUCCGGGUGUAUAAAUGCAUUUACAAAGAUUUUAGGUCUGUGCAGGUGUAUUUACCAAAACUCCAGAUGUUUACACAUGCAUUUACGAAACUUCCAGACGUACUCAAGCAUUUAAAUAUUCAGUUCAAUUUACAGACAGCCAUGAUGUCUACACAUACUUACAUAUUUUCAAGUUGUAUGCUG